AUGAUAGUUUGGGAACCGAAAACGCUCAUCUUCGCGAAGAAUGUGCAACCUCAAAAAAACAAGCUAAACCGAAUGAAAGUCGGCUACCGCUGCAAGCAAUACUCUCUAAACCACAACAUAGAAAUCCAGAACGUUCCGCCGGGAACCAGAGAAAACGAACCCAAUUCUGGUAGACCGCUAACAGUAAGUUUAUCUCUGCCAUUCGACCACGCUGAGAGAGAUCUGAACGCCAAGCUGAAGCCUCAGCUUCAGUCGAUCUGUGCGUCGCUCAAGCUGAACAGCGAAGUCACCGCCACCAAUGUUACCAUUCUGAACAGCCUGUUGGACGACAUCUUAGUUCAGAUGAAGCGGAAGGAUCCUCUCUUCCAUCUGCUUUUCAAGAGGCUCGAAUUCUCCGGAAGCUACUAUGACGGGCUGCGGAUCAAAAAGGCAGACGAGUUUGACAUUGACCUUGUGCUGAACCUACCUUUCGAGAAGGACGAAUUCACCGUAAGUUUUGCAGCUGCACCGGUGACAACCAUCGUUUAUUAUUAA